AUGCCUCCACCACCAUACAUCCCACCUUGUGCCCCUUACGGCUCGUAUCCAUCAAGCUAUGGGUACCAACCAUCUCUCGCUGCAGGAAUCUUCUUCAGCAUCUGCUUCGGUCUCUACACUUUUUCAAACAUCCUUCAAACCUUCCGCACCCGCUGCUGGUGGAUGGGUCUCUUUUUCAGCUGCGGAACCAUUCUUGAGCUCGUCGGCUGGAUCGGUCGCACCGUCGCACACUCCUGCUCUUUCUCGGGCGAGGUCAACACCAUGCAGAUCGCCUCGCUGAUCAUGGGACCUGCAUACACGCAAAGUGGUGUUUACAUUGCGCUGUGGAUGAUCAUCAAAGUGCUGGGUACGAAAGUGUCGCCGGUGCCGCCGAAGCUCUACUUGUUUGUGAUUUUCGGUGUCGAUUGUGUGUGUCUUAGUUUGCAAGCCAUCGGUGGUGGUCUGGCUGGUGCUGCUUUCGAUCAGGGUACAAGCACCGCUCCUGGCACGGCUAUCAUGGUUGUCGGCAUCAUUGCUCAACUCGUCUCUGGGAUGGUCUUCGCUGGAUUCUUGUGUAUCGUCUUUCCGCGAGGAGCGUCGCGAAUCAAAGAGAACCAUUCGCUACUGCUGGCGUGUACAGCUAUUGUCAUCAGCACUACUAUGAUGAACCUGAGAGGCUUCUACCGUUCCAUCGAGUUGUGUCAAGGUUGGAGGGGUCCACUUAUUACACAGCAGGGAUACGUUAUUGGGUUGGACGCGGCACCCAUGCUUGUGGCUAUGGGUGUGUUGGCGGUGUUGAACCCUUGUGUGCUUUUGCGCCGAGUGGAAAGGGAGCAGGCUGUUGGAGAGGGUAUCAACCCAAUCGACGCGGAGAAAGGAAUAUCGAAGAGAUUAGACUCUGAUGUCGAGACUUGA